AUGUUUGUUCCCUGCGGCGAGUCGGUCUGCGACCUCGCGGGCUUCACCUUCCUGAUGCCGGCAGUAUCCGUUGGAAAUGUUGGCCAGCUUGCAAUAGAUCUGAUUAUUUCUACAUUGAAUAUGUGUAAAAUUGGUUACUUCUAUACCGAUUGUCUUGUGCCGAUGGUUGGAAAUAAUCCAUAUGCAACAUCAGAAAAAAAUUCAACAGAACUCAGUACAAAUGCUGAAGUAUAUUCAUUGCCUUCAAAGAAGCUGGUGGUUCUUCAGUUAAGGUCCAUCUUUAUUAAGUAUAAAUCAAAGCCAUUCUGUGAAAAACUGCUUUCAUGGGUGAAAAGUAGUAACCUUGCCAAAGUUAUUGUUCUUUCAAGCAGUCAUUCAUAUCACCGUAAUGAUCUACAGCUUCGCAGUACUCCCUUUAGGUAUCUACUUACACCUUCCCUGCAAAAAAGUGUUCAAAAUAAAAUAAAAAGCCUUAACUGGGCAGAAAUGGAAAAAAGCCCAUGCAUUCCUGAAAUAAGUGAUUCUGAGUAUUGCAUCCGUAUACCUGGAGGAGGUAUCACAAAAACACUCUAUGAUGAAAGCUGUUCUAAAGAAAUCCCAAUGGCUGUUCUGCUAAAAUUUGUUUCAGAAGGAGAUAAUAUUCCAGAUGCAUUAGGUCUUGUUGAAUAUCUUAAUGAAUGGCUUCAGAUAAUCAAACCACAUAGUGACGACCCCACAGCAUCUGCCUUGCCGUGGAAAAUACCGAGUUCUUGGAGAUUGCUCUUUGGCAGUGGUCUUCCGCCUGCGCUUUUCUGA